AUGCUCUGGCUGCACCCUGGAAACCAGCGAUGCCGGAAGGGGGAGAUCCUGGCCAGCCGGAAGGAUUUCCGCAUGAACACGUGCACCCCUCACGCCAGCGGAGCCUUCAUGCUGGAGCUGGCGGGCCUCUCACCCACGCAGUGCUUCCAAGCAAGACGCCAGGCUGGGGACCUUGGCAGUGCUACAGGAGGGCAGACUGCCGCCCCGGGAUCUGGAAACGCGCCCAUGGAGGUCAGUGCCUGUGAGACUCCUAUCCCAGUCUUGAACUUCUCUGAAAAUGAAGGCGCUGUGGCACCAGACGGGGGUGGUGGUGAUGAUGAUGCAGGAGGAGGAGGUGAUUUCUUGCCUAAUGCCCCAGAAGGGGGCGUGGAGACCAGUCCUGCUGCUGUCGAGCACAUUCAUCAGCAGAAGAGUGCGCCCGAGGGCAAGGGGUACAUGCUGCGGGAACGGGCCCCGGCCGUGGAGCCCAGUGUCCACAUCAAGGAGAUGCUGGAUCCGUGGCGAAGCCUUGACCCCUUUGACGACUCUGAGGAUAAGCCCUUUAAGAAAGGCAGACCCUUCACGGUGCCGCAUGACCUGGACAAUGUGCCCGGCAGCAAGCGGAAGAGGCAGACACCCAGGAAGCUGCAGGACUUCAUGAAGUGGUUCUCUGCAAGCCAGAACGACAGAACUGACAGCAGAACCACCAAGAAGAAAGGGCCAACGUUCGCUGAUCUGGAGGUUCUGUACUGGAAGCAGCUGAAGGAGCGGAUGGCCGCGCAGAGGAAGCUGCAGAAGAGAAUGGUGAGGCAGCAGCGACGCUGGGGCACGAGCCCCUGCACGAUCCCUGACUCCCUGAGCUAUGAGGAGCUGGUGAGGAGAAAUGUGGAGCUGUUCGUUGCCAACUCCCAGAAGUACGCCCGCGAGACGGUGCUGUCCCAGCGUAUCCGUGACUGGAAGGACAAGAUGGAACCCAAGCUGCAGGAGCAGGAGGAGCGAGCCGCCUUCGACAUCCACAGCUACGGGGACCAGCUGGUGGCGAGCUGUGGGCGGCUGGGCGAGUGGCACUCCUUCGCCAGCCUGGUGGCGGGGAAGCCAGCCUUUGAGGUGUGUCGCUCCAUGAAAGUGACGUUAUUACAUCUCUGA